AUGCGAACAGUGAUGGCAGCAGCAGUAACAGCGGUAAGAACUUCUCAAGUAUCAGUAAUGAUAAUAACGAGAACUGAUGGUGAUGUUGAUGGCGAUGACUGCAGUAAUAACGAUGGAUAUCUUCGGGGCGCGCCGUUCAACUAUUCCAUUGCGUUAAAUUCGGCGAUGAAAAGCAGCGUGCAGGAUGAAAAUUUCUAUUAG